AUGGUCCUUAGUCAUCAGAAGUCGGAUCAACUGCGCAAUCGAUUAAGCAAAACAGACAGGAUUAUCGUUCCCGCUGGAAUUCCUUACAUCUCGAAGCGGAACGGCAAGUUAGUUCUUGUAGUGGCUAGAAAAAUGGUAGAAGCAGACUUUGCUAUCAACUUGCUCGGGAUGAAGUCAGGUCCACAUCUUUUCUUCGUACAUGGACGGAAAUGCCUGAGCAUUGGAAACGAGCGAAGAUCGGCGAGUGCAGCGCAAUUAAUUGAUGCCUCAUUGGUUCGAGGGAACAUGAAUAGCAUUACGACUGGCCAGACAGAGGAAUCGAAGGAUAGCCAGACAGGAAGGAGUGUUCUCACAGAGAAGGACAAUCAGCAUCGGACCAGCUCAUCUAGCCGCAGUUCGGAAUCCAAGAGUUGUGUGGACAUACGCAUGUGCGACAAAUGUGGCUCGUGUUUGAGGUUAGUUAUACCUACGAUUUUGAACUUCAUUGUGAUUGGUAUUAUAGAGUAA